ACCAGGAGCUUGCCUUUGCUUGGGACGGCACACAUCAUUAGGGAUCUUUGUCUACUGUACCAGCCUCUAUCAGCCUCCUCAUACCUGCCUUCAGUCCACAUCAUCUCCUUGAAAAAUUUCCUCAACAUCAAGUGCAAAUAGUCACAAUCAGGUUGAAAUUUUCCAGUCUACGUUUAGAAUCCAAGCUGCGAAUUUCCAAGCCUGACAUUAUGGAUAUUGCCAUUCAACAUCCCUGGUUUAGACGCACCCUGGGCUACCCCACCCGCCACAUCGACAAGUUCUUUGGAGAAGGCCUGCUCGACUAUGACCUCUUUCCCUUUGCUGCCUCAAGUAUCAGCCCUUACUAUCGACACUCACUCUUCCGCAGCUUGCUGGACUCCUCCAACUCAGGCAUCUCUGAGGUGAGGUCUGACAGAGACAAAUUCACAGUGUGCCUGGAUGUGAAACAUUUCUCUCCUGAUGAGCUCAGUGUCAAGGUGACAGAUGACUAUGUGGAGAUCCAGGGCAGGCGUGGAGAAAGACAGGAUGAUCACGGCUACAUCUCCCGUGAGUUUCGCCGCCGCUACCGUCUGCCUUCUAACGUGGACCAGUCUGCUAUCAUCUGCAUACUAUCUGCUGAUGGCCUGCUUACUCUUUUUGGAGCCAAGACUGGUGGCAUAGAGGAUGGUCGUGGAGAUCGCACCAUCCCUGUUACCCGGGAGGACAAGACCAACUCAGGCUCCUCCUCUUAGACAGGUCACUCCCCACAGCCAGGUGGCGGUAUGGAGGUGUGAGUGGGGCUCACAGGGGGCUUUCAUUUCAGAGGGCAUCUAAAGGUGGAUUUAAGCAAAUCCUCUAUUUGUUUAUGAUUAAAUAAACCCUUCCUCCCAUUUCCACCUCAAAGGGUGUCAGUGUAUAUCUGACCUAAUACCUUCUUUCAUUAGACUACACUAGCUAAUAAUCUCCAUAAUCCACUAUGAUUGUUUUCAUUUUUCAUGACACACAGGAAAUGGAUCAGGAUGAUUGGCUGAGGGUCUCAUUUCUUAAUCAAGCUUCUACACUCCUCUCUAGUCAGAUGAUAAAUUGCAAACAGUCAUUGCUCUGAUUUUUGACCAUCCUGGUGAUCUAGGCUACAAUAAGAGUAAUCAUUAUUUAAAAGUAUAAUCCUUUAUUGUAAAGGAUAGGACAGUUGGAGAACUUGUGCUCCAAGAAAGGUUGGCGAGCUUGGUUAAAACUUGAUCUGUUUGAAGAUUUCUGAUCCAAGGGAGAUUCCAUCAUCAGUCAGACCUCGGCCUCCUCAUGUCAUGACCUCUUUUCUAGACUUCUCUUGUCAUUGACUCUUUCCUGUCUUGUAGAUUUUAGCCCUGUUCUACUCAUUACUGACUCCCCAGUGGUCUACUAAAAGUGAUUAAAAAUAAAUAAAUAAAGUUGUACCAUUAA